AUGGGUCCCAUGCUCCCUGGAAAGCCUCUAACCGCUCUCACGCGGUGCAGUAUCCCAAGCAAUGUAAAGGCUACAACGACGUUACGCUUCACUUCAACCUUGCAGGCACAAGCACAAGCACAAGUGCAAUCAAAGACUGCAUCCAAUGCCACCCUUCCUCCUCUAUCUGUUGUGCCGACCCGAAUUCUCCUCAGAUCCUUGCUAGUCGCUACAAUCUCUUCGAAGAGAUACCUCCUCAUCCCCGCCCUUUCUUUCAUGUCCUUCCUGUCCAAACCCGGAAGGAGUUGGCUUUUUGAUGUUGACCGGAAUCCUGUCCUCCACGGGAUUUUGAAGAAGACUUUCUACGAGCAAUUCUGUGCUGGCGAGAACGGAGCCGAGUGCAACAAAACAAUCCGGGAACUGAAAGACAUGGGUUUCCGCGGUGUGAUCUUGACAUACGCGAAAGAGACUGUAUUCGACCAUAGCACUGGGUCUUCCCAUGGCCUUGGUAUUGCUGAGAUUAAGAGUGAGAGUGGUGAUGUCUCUAUCGAUGCACCAGUUGAGCGAUGUCCAAGCAUCGAGGCCUGGCGGGACGGAACCCUGAAAACUAUCGAUAUGACGAGUGAAGAGGAUUAUCUUGCCGUCAAACUUACCGGUGCUGGCCUCAAGGUUACCGAUGCCUUUUCCGCUGGCGACCUGCCCCCACAACAAAUGAUCGAUGCAUUGGAUGAGAUCUGCACCAAGGCCAAGAGCCGCAGAGUUCGAAUCCUCGUCGACGCCGAGUCCCAACACUUCCAAAAGGGUAUCGCCCGUAUUACGGUAGACCUGAUGCGCAAAUAUAACCGUGACGGCUACGCCACAAUCUACAACACCUACCAGGCAUACCUCAAGAGCACACCUACAACAUUGGCAAACCACCUGGCUGCAGCCAAGGACGAUGGAUUCACUCUUGGCCUCAAGGUCGUGAGAGGUGCAUACAUUGCCUCCGAUGAACGCUCUCUGAUUCACGAUACCAAGCAAGAAACCGAUGACGCCUAUAAUAUGAUUGCCCAGGGUGCACUGAGACGAAACAUUGGGGAGUUCGGUGACAAGGGUAGCCGUGCUUUCCCUUCCGUGAACCUGUUCCUCGCAAGCCACAACAAAGAAAGCGUGGUGAACGCACACAACCUCCACAAGCAACGGACCAAGUCAGGAUUGCCUACUGUCCCUGUCCGAUUUGCUCAGCUCCACGGCAUGUCUGAUGAGGUGAGCUUCUCACUACUCGGAAUGAACGAUGGCGAUGGAUCACCAGAGGUCUACAAGUGCUCGACUUGGGGAGGACUUGGUGAAUGUCUGGCAUAUCUUCUUCGCCGGGCAAUCGAGAACCGGGAUGCCGUUCUUCGCACGGAUAGUGAAUUCCAGGCCUUGAAGUCGGAGACUUUCCGGAGAUGCAAGUCUGCCUUCUCGCUCUCUUCGUCUUCAUAG